CCCUACAUCAGGUCAUGAAAUAUGCUAAUGAUGAGGGAGAAGUUCGAACCCUGAUUGCGGAAAAAUAUCCUUUCCGAGGGGUAGAAAACUUUCACACCGACUCUGUUUUCUACUUGGAAUCUCAGGAGAAAGAAGAUGUUGACAGUGGCAAUGAAGCUGAUGUCGAGCCAGAUCCGCAAGGGAAUUGUCCAUGGGAGUUAAACUUUGAUGUAAUUGGUUCAGUCGAGAACAAUAAUAAUGUACCGAGUGAGGGCGAAUGGUGCAUUAAUGAAGAUUUUAUUUUGGCGUACUUGUCUGAUGAAUCCUUUAAAGUUGGACAAAUAGUAAAUGAUCGUGAUGCAGGUACCCACUCAUGGCACGCAUUGUGCACAGAGGCAUGUCUAACAAUGCCAAUCAAGUCAUCUUUCGCUUCCAAUGAAGAAGUGGAAGACGCACAAAAGGCUUUCUACAAAGUCCCGUCCAAAAGGAAAGGGCAGAAGCCGAUCCAGUUCGGAGAAAGAAGAUUGGCCCUAAAACUGUAG